GAGGAGGCUGUUUGUUGGUGUUGUUUGGACGAGGGCUGGAGAGCCCCUUGGUUUGGUGUUUAACAAUAAUUGCAGGUAGACUUUUGAAAAAGUCGACACUAUAGCUUUUAAUUCGUACGAAUGCGGGGCGAAGAGUCGUCGGAUUCAGAGUCUGGGAGGAUGGAGGAGAGUUCAGUCAGAAGGAGUUUGGAGGCGUUGUGUCAGGAGCUGAACAUGGACGAGCAGACAGCCACUGAAGCUAUGGACAACUUCACUGCCAUCUGGAAUACGUACACUCUGGAGGGAGAGGUGGUCCACUGGCUGGCCUGCUCGCUCUAUGCUGCCUGCAGGAAGGGCUCCACUCCCACAGUGGGGAAAGGGCUGAUGGAGGGAAACUGUGUCUCCCUCACCAGGAUCCUUCGCUCCUCCAAGCUCAGUCUGAUCCAGUUCUUCUCCAAGAUGAGGAAGUGGGCCGACAUGUCCAACCUCUGUCAGGACUUCCGGCUGCGGAUGGACAGGCUGGAGCGCAACUUUGAGGUCUCCACCGUGAUCUUUCGCAAGUUCGAGCCCAUCUUUAUGGACAUGUUUCAGAACCCCCAGGGCUGCGAGCCGCCGCGGCAGCCGCGCAGCAGGAAGCACAGGCGACUGCCCUGUCACAUCAGCGAUGUGUUCAAGUUCUGCUGGACUCUUUUUGUCUACACUAAAGGGAACUUUCGUAUGAUCGGGGAUGACUUGGUGAACUCGUACCACCUUCUGCUCUGCUGUUUGGAUUUGGUGUUUGGCAACGCUCUGCUGUGCGCCAACAGGAAGGACCUCAUCAACCCGGCUUUUAGAGGUCUUCCUGCUCUGUACCGCUCCGACGGCCACGUUUCCCCCGACGAGCCUCCCCCCUGCGUGCUGGAGAGGCUGUGUGAGCUGCACGACGGGCUGGUGGUGGAGGCCAAAGGCAUCAAGCAGCACUACUUCAAACCAUACAUACAGAAACUGUUCCAGAAGCAGAUCCUGAAAGGAAACGAGGAGCUUUUGACUGAACUGUUGGAUCCACAGAACUUCUUAGAUAACAAGAAGGCCGUAAACAGAGAGUAUGAGGAGUACGUGUUGACGGUGGGGGACUUUGACGAGCGAGUGUUUCUGGAGGCUGAUGCCGACGAGGAAAUCGGGACUCCGAGAAAAGUCAUUCAGGAACGGUCCGCCGGCCAAAACGCCCAGAACCAGCUGCAGCAGCACGUGGAGAAGCCUGGCUCGCUGGCCCCCUCCACCCCCCUGACAGGCCGGGUCUACCUGAAGGAGAAAGACCUGCUGGUCACGCCCGUCUCCUCGGCAACGCAGAGCGUCAGCCGCCUCCAGAGCAUGGUGGCGGGUUUAAGGGCGGCCCCCAGCGAGCAGCUGAUGCAGAACUUCAAGUCCUGCUCCAGGGACCCCACAGAGUCCAUACUGGCUCGAGUGAAGACUCUGGGUCAAACCUUCAAAGAACAUUAUACCAACGACUCCGAAGACACGCCUGGCUCUCACAUCGACUUUGCCGAGAACCGUUUGAAGUUGGCAGAGAUCCUCUACUACAAGAUCCUGGAGAACGUCCUGGUUCAGGAAACCAAACGGCUGCAAGGCAGAGACAUGAGCGUUUUGCUUGAGCAGGACAUUUUCCAUUGCUCCCUGAUGGCUUGCUGUCUGGAGGUGGUGUUGUUUUCUUACAGCUCCCAGAGGACUUUCCCCUGGAUCAUCAACAUCUUCAAACUGGCCCCGUUUUACUUCUUUAAGGUCAUCGAGGUGUUCAUCCGCUCAGAGGAGGGCCUGUCUAGAGACAUGGUGAAGCAUCUAAACUCGAUCGAGGAGCAGGUUCUGGAGAGCAGAGCGUGGAAAGCAGACUCUGCCAUGUGGAGCGCCUUGCAGGCUGCUGGGAACAAAGUGCCCACAGUGGAGGAGGUCAACUUUUCCUCCAGUCUUGACACGGGUUCUGGUUCUAACAGCGGCGGUCAGUCUCACCUUCCCCUGGUGGCCCACUCCCCCAUCAUACACCCCCGCAUCAGGGAGUUCAGGUCGGGCCUGGGGAGCGCCCGUAAAGAGGUGCCGCCCUCUCCGCUGUCGGUCCACGACCGAUACAGCUCCCCGGCCGCCGGCAGCGCCAAGCGCCGUCUUUUCGGCGACGACCCCCCGGCCCCGGCCGCAGCCCAGACACCCAGCGGGAGCCCGCUGCCGUCCCCGGCCAAGAGGCUGACGUUUGGCUCCGGCGGCAGCACGCUGAAGAUCGGAGGCCAGGGAGGCCAGACCUCCAUCCUGAGCAUCCCUCUGCAAGGCAUGGGCAGCGAUCGCACCAUCACGCUGAUCCCCGUCCAGUCCUGCGACUCCUCCAACGUGGUCACCGCCCAGUUCCUGCUGACCGCCUCGCCCAGCCGGCCCACCGCCGCCGCCUUGACCUCUGAACCCCAGACAGGAGGUGGACGGCCGCGACGCACCGGCUCGCUCGCUCUGUUCUUUCGGAAGGUGUAUCACCUGGCCAGUGUGCGCCUGCGGGAUCUGUGCUUGAAGCUGGACAUCUCGUCGGAGCUGAGAGGGAAAAUCUGGACGUGCUUCGAGCACUCCCUGGUGCACUCCACCGACCUGAUGAAGGAGCGGCACCUGGACCAGCUGCUGCUCUGCAGCAUUUACAUCAUAUCGAAGAUCACCAAAGAGGCUCACACCUUCCAGGACAUCAUGAAGUGUUACCGCAGCCAGCCACAAGCCAGCAGCCAUGUCUACCGCAGCGUGCUGCUGCGUCGCGCUCCCAGAGAGCAGUCGGUGGAUGAAAACAUGGAGGUGGACUCUGUGUCUGGUGGAGAAUCUGCAGAGAAGUCUAUUCAGCUUCCAGGAGACGCAAACUCCGACCACUCGGGAGAAGAGGAACGCGGUGACCUGAUCCAGUUCUACAACACCGUGUUCGUCCUCAGGAUGAAGAGCUUUGCGUUGCGAUACGCCACCCACGACAACCGGGCGGACGCGCCCCCCCUCUCUCCCUUCCCAUCGGUCCGGGCUCAGCCUCUCUCUCCCCGCCGAGUCUCCCAGAAACACCUGCUGUACGUGUCCCCGCAUAAGAACUCGGCAGGCUGCCUCACCCCAAACUCCUACACGUACAGGAUCAACAGCAGCCCGUCCAAGGAGCUGGCCGACAUCAACCGGAUGGUCCAGCAGGGCUGCGUGAGCAGGAAGAGGGCUUUCACCAUGGAAGGGGACGUGAUGAUGUCAUCGGCGUGCGACUCGCCCAGCAAAAGGGCGUGCCCGGAAAACGGGAACAGCCCCGACGUGCUGCUGAAGCGGCUGCAGGACGUCGUGUCCGAGCGCCAGAGCCGCUGAGGAGCCGAGCCCCAAAUACCUGGAAACCAGUCAGGGCACUCGUCACUGAAACACACCUCGGGGAGUGUUUUCUGACCCCAGGGCUGGGAGUAACAGCAGCAAUAACAUCUGGAAUGUCACAUUUGAGUCAAAUUAGGAAUCAAGAAGCAAAAGCAGAGAUGUUUUAAGUUUC